GUACAACAUUGUGGCGGUCAAGGUGGUAUAAGUGGUAUAUAUUUGUACGUAUUCGUAGAGUUGGGGCUAGCGCUGAAGCUUUGUUCAAAGACUUUCUCACCACAAAAUUACGCUCUUUGGUGACUUCUCCUAUUCCGAUUCCGGAAAAUGGAGCGCCCGUUGGCGCAAAAACCAUCUUGUUUUGUGAAGGACUUCAACAUGGGAGCCAUGGAGAACAAGAGUCUGAACGUGUUCAAUACUUCUCUUACCUUGGCGCGGGAAGACACAGCCACUGACGAUGAUUACGAGCGCAUCGAGGGUGUGAUUGGCCACGAAUACUUCCACAACUGGACUGGGAAUCGUGUGACUUGCCGCGACUGGUUUCAGCUGACUCUAAAGGAGGGUCUCACAGUCUACCGAGACCAGGAAUUCUCCGCCGACAUGGGCUCUCGUGCGCGGAAGCGUAUCGAGGACGUGCGGAUCCUCCGAGCUGCCCAGUUUCCCGAGGACAACGGUCCUAUGGCACAUCCAAUCCGCCCCGAGAAGUACGCAGCUAUCGACAAUUUCUAUACAGCCACCGUCUACAACAAGGGUGCUGAGGUGAUCCGCAUGUACGAGACCUUGCUGGGCCGCGAGGGCUUUCGCAAGGGCAUGGACUUGUACUUCGAGCGCCAUGAUGGCAGCGCGGUGACCUGUGACGACUUCCGAGCUGCCAUGCAGGAUGCGAAUGGCCGUGAUCUUACCCAGUUUGAGCGGUGGUAUUUGCAGGCAGGCACACCAACCGUGAAGGCCACCGAUUCUUGGGAUGCGGAGACGGGAACCUAUUCGUUGACACUUGGGCAGAAGGUCCCAGACACUCCGGGUCAAGUGGAGAAGUUGCCCAUGCAGGUACCUGUUCGGGUAGGGCUUUUGGACCGGGAGUCGGGGAAGGAGCUUUUGUCUGACACCGUGCUGGAGCUGACAGAGGAGUCCAAGACCUUCGAGCUCAAACUGGAGGAAGGUGCGACUGGCAAGCCUGUUCCCUCGCUGCUACGAGGGUUUUCGGCACCGGUGAAGCUCGAGUAUGACUAUAGUGACGAGGAGCUCUCUUUGCUGGCGGCCUUCGACACAGACUCCUUCAAUCGAUGGGAGUCCAUGCAGCGGCUGGGGUCGAAGGCAGUUUUGGACGCCUUUGCUGCAGAUGAUGUUGACGCCUUCCAACCUGAUGCUGGGUUCAUGGAUGCCAUGAAGCGGAUUGUGCAAGAUCGGGUCACCGAGGACCUCUCCCUGAUUGCCUAUGCACUGAUCCUGCCAGCGGAGUCCACGCUGAUGCAGGAGGCCAAGCCCCCCAUCGACCCCACGCGGCUCCACGCUGCCAGGAACCGCAUCCGCAAAGUGAUCGCCUCGGAGCUCAAGGAAGAUUUGCAGAAGCGCUACGAGGAGUUGACGCCGCCGGAGGACGAGCCCUAUGUCAUUGAUGGUCCAAGUGCAAGCAAACGCCGGCUGCGCAAUGUGCUGCUGGCCUACCUUUGCACCUCAGGAGAUGCCAAGGCAGCAGAGCUUUGUGGCAAGCACUUCAAGAGGGCCAAGGGCAUGACAGAUAAACUCGCGGCGUUCAGCUGCUUGUGCAAUAUGCCAGACUCAGAGGAGGCCAAAGAGGCCAUCGAACAGUUCUUGGCCGAUGCAAAGGGCGACGCCAACGUGAUUGACAAGUGGUUCGCUUCACAGGCACGAGCGGAUGUUGAUGAUUUGAUGCCUCGUGUGAAGAAGUUGAUGGAGCAUCCAGAGUUCUCUUUGAAGAAUCCCAAUCGAUUACGCUCAGUGGUCAGCGUCUUCAUUUCUUCACCGCAAUUUCACCUUCCAGAUGGCUCUGGCUAUGACUUUGCCCUGGAGAUGAUCCCCAAAGUGGAUGCAUUGAAUCCCCAGGUUGCUGCACGCAUGGCCAACGGUGCCUUCAGGACUUGGCGGCUUCUAGAUGAGCAGCGACAAAAGAUGAUCCAGGAGCGAUUGGCGAAGCUUACUCAGGCUGGACUCUCCAAGGAUGCUGCAGAGAUCGUGUCCAAGAUGCAAGCCUGAGUCAGCCUUUGGGGUUCUGCGCCUGGAGGGAUCCGAGAUUGACGUAUCACAUAUAUACAAUGGUUGUAGGUCAUCGCCAGUGUGCUGCCAGCCAAGUGAUCUUGGAAUUGCUUCAAAUGUGGUGGGGAGACUGUUUCUUGUAGCCCGUCGAGGGAAAGCUCGUGAACGUGUGGAGCUUUGCUUGCCAAAUGGGCAGAUUUUCAACGAGCACCCCUCACCGACAAUUUUCAACCUCGCGGCUGCA